UCUCUCUCUCUCUCUCUCUCUCUCUCUCUCUCUCUGAAUCAAACACAGAAAAUGAAGCACCUAAGGAAAGUAUUUCUCAUGGUAUUGCUCAUGGCAAUAGUGGCAUUCAAUGCUGCAUCUGCAUUCUUAUCAUCUUCACCAGAAGGCGGCUCGUACCUUACUUAUGGAGAAGAAGAAGAAGAAGAAGAAGACGGCGUUUCGGGCGAGACCCAAGAUCAGUCGUCCUUUGAAACCCUCAACCCAGCAGCUUCACUCCGAGGCGCAGGCCGGUUCCUCACGCAGGCCGCUAGCUCGAGGGCCGUGCCAACGUGCGACAAGUACCCGAGGAUCUGCCGGGACAAGGGAAGUCCCGGGCCGGACUGUUGCAAGAAGAAGUGCGUGAACGUGAGCGCCGACAGGCUGAACUGCGGGAUGUGCGGGCACAAGUGCAAGUACUCGGAGAUAUGCUGCAGAGGUCAGUGUGUGAACCCCAUGUCGGACAAGAAGCAUUGUGGGGGUUGUAACAACAAAUGCAACAGGAAGAAGGGCUCUUCCUCCUCUUCUUGCGUUUAUGGGAUGUGUAGCUAUGCAUGAACUUGAAGGAGGUGUGAAGAUUUGGAAUCAAAAGGGUUUGAAGUAAAUUGUGCAGUUGCCAUCAUGUUAAUUGAAUUUGUUGGUAACUUUGUUCAUUUGUUGACAAGGUAAUAUGCAGAAAAGUCUAGAUGUGUUUAUAUAUGACUAAAGGUAAUAAAGGCAAGGCCAACAUCAUCGUGAUUGAUUGGACUUUGCCCACAAAGUUGUAGUUGUUCAAGCUAGUUUAAAUGUAAUAAGAGUGAUAUUAUUCAUCUUUAAUGAUCGGGAUUAAGGUAGGGCACGAAAUCGAUCUCCAGUUCAAGUGUUUUAAGAGAAUUUUCGUCGAUCCUGUGAACAAGUUGCUU